UGCCGGAUAAUUACCGUGUAACCGUGUGAAAAACGCAUCGUAACGCAUCCAUUCAGUCUCGGUGCAGAUUCGUAUUCAAACGUGCAGAGGGUCUCUCCGAUUGCACAGUGAUGGAUGAUACAACAGUGAGCUGGUUUGGCUGGAUGCAUAAUUUAUCGCUACCGCUGGCGAUAAUAUUCAUACUGCCCUGGCUGUACGUGCUAUUGAUUUUAUCCUCCGUCCCGUACUUGCAUCUAUGCAAUUGGUACCGUGCGCGAUGGCCAUCGCAAUGCAGUGACGAUGAGUUUUGGGAUUCUGCUCGCCGGCUGAUGGCUUCCAUUUGGAACCUUCAUAGUAAACUGUUUCACGGAUACGAAGUGACGGGGCUUGAGCAUCUACCGCAGGAUGGUUCUGCCUUGAUCAUCUAUUAUCAUGGUGCUCUGCCGAUCGACAUGUACUAUCUGACGGCAGAGACAAUGCUGAGGCGCAAUCGGCUCAUCCACACGGUUGGAGAUCGCUUUCUAGACAUGAUACCUGGCUGGCGGCUCGUUUCGAGAAUCAUGAAGGUCACUGCCGGUUCGGUGCAAUCCUGCGUGGAAACGUUGCGUGCUGGAGAGCUGCUUUCGAUCGCACCCGGAGGUGUAUACGAGGCUCAAUUCGGCGAUAAUGGGUACGAGGUGCUCUGGAAAAAACGAACCGGAUUCGCUCGCGUUGCACUGGAGGCAAAAGUGCCAAUUAUUCCUAUGAUCACCGUCAACAUUCGAGAAUGCUUUCGAACUAUGUCGUUAGGGAAGUGGUUGUUCAUCCGCAUCUACGAUGUGCUGAAGGUACCCAUUCUUCCGAUCUACGGAGGUUUCCCGGUAAAAUUACGAACGGUAUUGGGCGAUCCCAUUCCACAUGACGAAUCAUUGUCACCGGAGGCGCUGCAAGAGAUGGUGGCACUGGCCAUCGGUAGGCUGAUCAAAGAGCACCAGCGCGUGCCAGGCGACAUACUGCAGGCGAUCGGAGAUAGAUUUGAUUCGGUGCAGUCCUUUAGGAAGGGUUAAAACGUGUGUUUGUGAUAAUCAUAGAUAACAGAAUAUCGCUAUCUGUGAGGUGUUGUUCCGACAACGGAUAUUCAGUGUACGAAUAUUACAAAUACUUUCCCAAGCAUAAGGUUCGGCAAACAAUAACGAUACGGUUGA